AUGUGCUGCCGCCGCCGCCUCCGCCGCCGCCGCCGCCGCGAAACCAGCAGCCUGCGCGCCGUGCAGGAUGAGAUGAGGACAGGACUCAGCACCACGAAACUCGAAGAAGCCCUGGCGCGCCCUCCCCCCCUCCCGGGUCUGGUAGGGCGAAGGAGCGGGCGCGCGGUCGAUCGAGCGAUCGGUUGGCGGCUCUUUCUCCUGCUCUGGCAUCCAGCUCUUGGGGCGCAGGCCCGGCCGCCGCGGCGCGCGCCCGGUGGCCGUUGGCGCUCGCGCCGCGUCUUUCUUCUCGUACGCAGAACUCGGGCGGCGGCCUAUGCGUUUGCGAUUCGACGAGGAGUCGUCCGGGUGGUCGGCGGCGGCGGGCAGCUGCUCCGCCCCGCUCCCGGGGAGGCGGCGGCGGCGGGAUUUGGCGCGGCCGGGGAGGCGGGGGUGGCCGCGGCCGGCCUGGAGGCCUGGCGCCACCCUUCGGGGCCUGCUAGGACCCAGUUGGGGGGGCAAGAAGGAGCCGGGGGAUGGUUGGUGGUGGGCUUUCUGCUUUGCCUUUUCCUUCUCAUGCCGCCUUAGUGAGGGGCGGGAGCUCUGGCGGCAGCUCCGGGGUGGGGAGACAAGCUCCGGAGUCGGAAGAGCUGGGUUUGCUUCCGGGCCUAGCCACCAGCUGGCCGAGUGACCUUAAGCAAGUCACUCUGUAAUUUGUCUGCGCCUCAGUUUCCUCCUCUGCCCGUCGAUGUUUGUGGGAUUGAAAGCGCUUUGUAAACUGUAAAGCGCCCAGUGUACGUAAGGGAUGGUAUUGUUUGUUUGUUUUAAGUUGUAAGAAAACCUGGCAGUUGCCCAUUCCUUGGAUUUUUGAACCUGGAAACCUUGGAGUUGGAUAUCCCCCAAACUCCCUGAAGUUGUAUGCAGAUGCUAGUGGAAAUAUGCAUCUUAGGGGAGUGAGGAUCCAUCGCCAGCAAGUUUUCUCAAGGGGCUGUCACCCAGAAAAGUUAAGAACCACAAGUCCUUUAUGCCACAGGGAGGAAACUGAGGCCUACAUGUCCUUUGGGACCCUUCACAACCAAUUUGACGCCCCCAUGUGAAUCCCUGAGAUAUGUGAGCUGUUUCUAUGCAUAAUGAAUAUUCUGGGUAACAACACUCCACUGCUUGGCUUCUAUUCUGAGUCCUUUGCUUUCACCAUGGGGUGCCUGAAGGUUGGCUGAUGCAUAUGGCAUAGUGGCACCUAUUCUAAAAAGCAGCUAAAACUAGGAGUGGAUGUGUUUUCUAGUACCAAGAAACCGUUUUAAUCUUUGGCCCGACAACUGUUUUCUGCUGCUUAUACUGGUGCCUGACGACCUUCUGACUUUCACUGACCAUUUCCCACCACCAUAGUUGCCAUCCGUUACUUGCUCCUACUUUAUGUCCCUAUUCUGGAUGGUUGAUAGUGAACAGGCUAUUUUAUUUUAUUUUAAUGGUGCUGCCAAGUCCAGUUAGUUAAUGGUGCAGAUGACUUUUAGCAAGCCAGCUCACUCAGACUGAACCAGUUGGGGAAUUCCUGAAGCUAUUUGGGUGUUUGUAUUAAUUGAAGGUUAACAUUCUCUGAAAAGUUUUGUUAGAACUUCUGCUGAACCUCAAAAUCAGUAGAUUUGGAAGUGUUAAAAAGCUUGACUUUUUCCUGGCCUGCCUUGUAUUCUAAUUGCUUGCAAAAGUGUUACUAAGAUGGCCAAAGCGCCACUUUUUGCUUCUUUGUUGUCACCCGCUUUUAUCAAAUUCUAGGCCAUCAUCCAGCAAACACUAUAAAAAUGUUUGAACACUUGGAGUUCAAACAUUUGCAUUUUGUGGAGUGGUGCUUACCAGUGGUACAGCUCUAAACACGUGAACACAAACACAUUUAAGUGUAUUUCGUCUGGUUAGGUGUGAGCCAGUUCUGCUAUUUCAUACAAAUGUCUGAAAAAUCAAUUGACUGUUCCUUUUACCUAAAGGGCAGAGACAAAAGACCUCACUUCCAGAAAAAUGACUGUUUGGGAGGAAUAUGUGUUGGUCAUUUAGCUCUUUUGUAAUUUUAUCUGGAUGUACCUCAAAGAAUCGUAAGACUGAUAAGAUGCUUUCCUCAUGAGAAAGGAGGAGAAAAAACAACUGGAACUCAAAGCUUGAAAUUCUGUGAAAAAACAUGAGAUGUCCAGGAUAGGAGGUUUCUCUACAGUGCUCUGCACUCCCUGAAGCAGACAGUUCUCAAUGUAGCCAGAGGGUGGAUUCCAGAUUUUCAAGAACUGGACCUGGCACCUGGAAGAAUUUAUCAGGAUGUGGCAGAAACUCUGGCACUGGAUAUUUUUAUUUCUGAAUUUUGGAUCUGUCGACCUUGCUUUGAGAAAAGAGACGACGACUGAGCAAGCACUGCCACCAACAAUGACUGUUACUGGGAAUUAGGAAACCUGAGUUUCUGCCACACCCUUGGUGUAAACAGGACGACACUCCAUCCAAAGUGAACUACGUCCUGUGCCUCCUGAUUGCUGAGUGUUCACCUGGAUAUCCUGACAACCUUCCUUGUGUUGUUCCAUCAGUCUACACAUCGGGUACCUGGAUUUUUGCCCUUGGUGAUUCCUACCACCUUACUACUGAAGAAGACACCAUUCCAGUGGACCACUGUGACUCAAGAGGCUUUUUAGCCAUCAUGAUGUGGCCUUCACCUCGACUCCUGUCCUGUUCUACCCAUAUUCAGCACCGCCCUUUAUAGUGAAGUCAAACUCAAGCCAAAUAGUUGAAGCUGUUUUAUUACAACAACGGCCCAGUUUGUUCCAUGAGUGUGCAUUUCAUUUUUAAGUUAAAGUCUUCAGAGACACGUAAAUUUGGACCAGGGGACUUUUAGUUGUCAACACUGAAGAAUGGCAACAUCUUUUUGAAAGAAUCAUUGGGCCACACCCCGCACUCUCAAAUGAUCAAAGCUCAUGAAGUAUCUAGGAUCCCAUCAAGGUUACUGGACCCUGUUUUUCCAUUUCAUAUUUGCAGUAGCCUACUGAAUGAGAAAGCAGAUAAUCUGACCAUUGGGAUUAAGACAAUGGCACAGUGAACUCUAGCAUCUUCAUUGGGAUUACUCAGGAACCAGAACUUUUCACACAUGUGAGAAAUUCUACCAAGGAAUCCCUUUACCUAACAGCAUCUCACAAAACUCCAAUCAGAUUCCAGAAAAGACCUCUUGAUAUAUCCAGCAUUUUGUGAACAACUUACUCUUAGAUCAUUGGUUUUCCAAAGGCUUUGUGGCCAUGAAGCCCACUGAAUGAAAACCAUGUGGAUGCCCAGAGUAAAAAUGAAGCUGCUCUGGAUGAAGCAGGAGUGGGGGGCCUGAAACCCAUCACAAGCAUCUAUCUUUACCGCCGUGGUGAGACCUCAGGAGACUUCUUACAACAUUCACAAUUCUUCAGAGAACAGUUUGAAAACUACUGCCAUUGCAAACAAUAUUUUGAUCUGAAUGACAUUCUCAUCUGUACCUCUACCUAACAUGGUAAACAUUCUUAGGAAUACUUACUGUGUAUAAAUUCAGAAGAUUGCAAGAAAAUGAUCAUAUUUUUGCACCCCCACCCCCCGAGUAGUUACAUGGACUGAAAGUGGUGUCAAAUGGACAUAGAUUAACAGCUUUCUACAAAGAUGGACUUCCAGUGAUUCCUGGGAUUGGACAUACCCAGAGAACAGUUCAUACACUGACAACCGCUCCUUAGUCAGCUUCCCUCACACACUUCAGAUACUAUCGUGGUACUUGAAAUACAUGACUUCUAAGUCUCAAUCCUCCUUGGUACCUGAAUCACCAGGUGGUGAAGCUAAUGCCUCAUUGAGGCCAUAUUAGAUCAACUUGAACAUUGGACAGCUCAUCCUCGGCCAUGGUACCGUACUUCAUGUGCAAGGGAUAACCAUUAUGAAAGAAUUCAAAAUACUGGCGACAUUACUUAAAAGAGUACCUGGUUGUCAUCUGUUUCUCAAAAUAUAAGUCACUAUGACUCAGCCAGUGGCAGUUGCACUGACCCUUGGUUUCUAUUCAGUUUAGCUGCUGCUUCCAAGUAAAUGAGUGAAUAACCUUUUAUUAAAAAAUCUUCAUCACUGACGUAUCUGCCUAUUCUGCUUCAAAAUUAUAUAUACUCAGCUCUAACUACACAUAACACUGGAUCCAGAAAAGACAAGCUUUGAACAUCCAUUCUUGUGUAUGUGACUUAAAAUGCGGCAAUUAGAAAUUUUUCAUCUAGCCCAUCAGAAGGUGUCCUUUUAAGAUGGGUCUUUUGAUGUCUGGUACCAGUGACUGUCGGGGCUAGGUAUUUAGAUGUAAGCCCUUUGACCAGGCCGUGAUAGCUUCCUUGCUGAACAUCUCAAAUUGCAUUAUCCUUUACCUUUUCGCUGGAAAUGUACACUGACUUGGAAAAAAAUCUACAACGCCUACAGCUAAGGAUUUUAUCAGACUCAAGCUUCAUACUGCUGCUUCCUAAUGUCACAAGAUCACAGCCCUUUGUUCUUGCAGAUGUUUUCAUGGCGUUUGAUCCAUCUCAAAACUUUUAUACUGAUUCAGAGUGGCUGACUUCAUUCCUUGCCAUAAGAUACUUUCAGGCAUUAAGACAACUUACCUGUUUCUACAGGAAGGAUUUGAAUUCCCAGACCAGAUCAUAUUAAACAAGUAAACUUUGAUGCAUGUCAUGAGAAAAAUCACAUUCCUUCUCAGUCCACUUACGGGCCAGCUUUCCUCAACUAGUAUAAUGAAUGCACUGGUUAAAUGUUAGGAAUGGUUUCUUUCUGUCUCAUCCUUUAAAUGAAUCGUGAUUACAUGACUCAGUCUACAAAUCGUCAAACAACGCCUAAGUGUGGUUACACUGUCCACUCUCAACAAAUGAAAAUAAGAUCUGGAUAACUAGUCUCCUUACAUAUACAACUAUUAUUUGUAAAGAAGAAAUCAUCUACAAACUGUUUCUCUGCUACCUUCAAAUAGCAGCUCAAUGUUUUCUCUCCCGUACUUUCCAGAAAAACUGAUCAAUACCACCAGUCAUUCUCUUUAAUCCUGUCAAAAUGAGGGGCUUAUGGUGAGGAUGAUCUGAUAGAGUCUAAUGUAUGCUGUAUAUAGAAUUGAUGGUUUAAUUAAAAAGGAAAAAAAAUGCCUACAACUCAAACCUGACAUCUGACCUACUAUCUCCAUGCCUCAGAACUCAUCUAAGUCUCUCAGCACCAUUCAACCAAUCUGAGACCAUAACACUAUAAGAUGAUUCUCAGAUGAACUGAGUUACAGAGGAUGAAGACUUGAUUACCAAAGAAAGUAGGGCUAACCUUGAUGAACCUGGCGCUCCCAACCCUAUGGCUCCCAGGUGUAGCAUAGGCUUCUAAACACAACCUCAGUUCAGUAUUGAGGAUAUAAUAUAGACUUCUCCCAAGCUGAAAGUUUUGGGGCAGAGCAGGAAGUUGGAAGCUACUGCACUUGAUUGGCCCUUUAAGAUCAGAAUAAACCCUAUGGAUUAACCCUGGAUUAAUCAGGGUACAAACUUGUUUACAGAGCUUCGAUAUUAAUCUGCCUGUUCUUCCAGAUCAUAUCCUGAUUAUUGGUAUGGCUGGCCCUGCUGAAGGAACCCUACUUGCCUCUACCUGACUCUGCUCUUGCCUGCCUUUUUUUUCUUGGCAUGUUGCUGCAAUCAGACUGACUUUGCCUUGAGAAGACUACAACAUACCCAGUUCCACCAAGGACUUUUGAACAGAGACAGCCUGCAUUUCACCGUACCAGGACUUAAUGUUCACAAAAGAAAGGAUCAUGCUGUACAUUUCUUGACCAGCAGCACAUCCCUCCUCCCUUUUUAAGUGCAGAAUAAGCCUCUAUGCCUAUAUAUGAUCAUUUUCAGCUCUGGAACUCUUGUCUAGCAGAACUAAAGGAGUAUAGCCGAUCAAAAGCACUGUAUGUUCCUCUCUUGCAAUAACAAAGCAAUGAAUCUGAAAUGUACCACUUUGACUUGACAAAGGACUUGAAGGAACACUAAGUUUUCCAUUAAGCUUAAAUUUACCACUGACAUGAAUAGCCUCACAGAACUGUUUGCCAUUGGGAGGCUCUUGUCCUUCACAUCAGCAAGAUAGUUGGGCUCGCAGACUCAUGACCACUGAGUUUACUUAUAUAAAAUCAUUGUAACAUCCAAAGUAUACUACUGGGCAUGAUUUUUCCAUUCAAAUGGAUUACAAACUUCCUGAGGACAGGACAAACUUAGUUCUCAUGAUGUUUUUCCAAAAACUUUUAUUGUCAAGGAAGUAAUGCCAGCUGUUACCAUUCAUCUUUAUGAGCAGAGAUUAAACCUUUUUUUUUUAAAUAUCUGGUCUCAUUGACAUCAGUUUUUGAUGUCUCUCUCUUUGUAACAACUUCCUGAUGCUUCCCAGAGCCACCUCCUUACUUUCAGGCCACAUUUGUCAGACUCUCUGACCCCAACCUUAGACUUCAUGGAUGAGCUUGUAAUUCAAACCUGAUCAGUCUGCAUAGUCCAUCUCCUUGACCAUAAUGACUGGUUCAGGAAUGGUCAUGUGAUUCAGAUUGCUCCAGUGACACUCAACUGUGGAGUUAUACUGAACUGUGGAGGAGAUGCUCAGAGCUCUGUUUACUGAGGUUAUUUUGUAGGAUUAAAAAACUCAAACCAACAGGGCCGCCAUGUCAAACAAGCCUGUGAAAGAAUGAAGCCAGUGCAGAGGAAAGCAGAGCCAAAUGAUGGAGAGACUUGAGUCUUGAUGGCAAUGUUUGUGCCCCUGGAUCCAACCGUGCCUGAAGCUAAAUACCCCCUGGACUUUUCAGUUAUGUGAACCAAUAAAUGCCCUUUUUUGCUUAAGUUACUCUGAGUUGGGUUUCUAUUGCUUGAAAUUGAGUCCUCAAUAAUAUAGUAUCUACCAGUAUUGAAACUUGGAAGAUCCAAGAAUUUAGUAAGCUAGAAGUAAUGGCUACCCUGAAAUAAUUUUCCAAACUGAAAGGCAAAAGAAACUAACAAUGUUUAAGAUGCUACAGAAGCAUAAAAAAUGCUUUCAUGGUAGAAAAACUAAACAUCAGUAAAGGGUUAAUUAACACAAGGCUCAUCCAUAAAAGAAAAUCUAUUGACAUGAAUGAAGUACAGUUAUUGUGUGUGGACAUGGAAAAAUGGCUAUGAUAUCUUAAACGAAACAAUAGAAAAGUAUAUAGUAUGAACUCAUUUCAAAAUUUGUGCUUAUAAUGCAUAGAAAAGUAUUGACUUUCAACAGACUUUCAACUUUAUACGUUCCUGUAUUUGAAUAUUUUUACACUACCCAUUACUUUAAACUUUAUUUUAAAGGAAUUAUUAAAAUUC